UAGGACUGACUGCCAUCUGGUGACAAUAACAACCAGGCAUUUCUAGCUACUUCAGGGGUCACGCUUUAUUCCGACUGUUUUGGACUUGUGUGAGCAUUGAACAUGAACACUACAGCGAGGUUCCUGCACAUCCUGUUUGUGUGUAUGUGUGUGUCAGCUGUUCAAGCACGGAUCUGGGCCUGGAUGCUAUCGAUGCCAUACAGCCCACCAGAAGAAGGACCUAUGGGGCUGAGAGAAAGAGAGACAGAGUCAUCUCCCAACAGCCAAAAGGGCGAUAUGGUGGCCUGUGAUCAUGAUCGUGCCUGUGGAAAGGGUUUCUCCUGCGACCGCCACUUUGGCCUGUGUGUUCCCCUAAGACAAGAAGGGAAAUAUUGCCGGCGAGAUGCCCAGUGUGUACGAGGACUAAGCUGCAUGUAUGGGAGAUGCAUCCGGAGCAUUCCAGAGGGACAGGAAGGUAAGGGCAAUAAUGUUCUAUAUGAAGUCAGUUUAAAAGCACAGCAGUGCCAGUGCAUGAUGAAAAUAAAUUCAGCCUGUGUAUCAUUACUUAAAUGUGAGCUGUCUAUUGAUCUCAUCAUCAUCUCAGGUGCCCGGUGUAAAGUAGAUAAAGACUGUGGGGCUUCGAUGUGCUGCGCACGGCAUCAUGGUGAGAGGGUGUGUAAGCGUCGACUGGUAUUGGGCGAGAGCUGCUUCGUGCCAGAUGGAGGACUGGCAUUUAGCAUCAACCAGAUCUGUCCAUGUGAUGAGGGACUGCUGUGUCGUGGAAAUGGUCAGCCACAAAAAAGAGAGACAGAGUUUGUGUACAGUCCUGAUUCAACCAGCUGGACCUGCCAGGUUCCAAAACACUAA